GGCAGAAUGGAAUUAUGUAAACCAUCCUGCCUGGACAACAGAGCUGCUGCGGUGCCGGUGCUGCACGGGAGCCCCUUGCGCUGGGUUUCCCUCAAGCCUGCGGAGUGGGUUUGCCUGGAGUUGGGAAGCUACCCUCUACAGCACACCACUAGCUAGAGCUGGCAUGCUGGCCUCUUCCCUGGCCUCCAAGGUAACGUCAACGAUGGCCAUGGCCAAAGUUGGCAGAAGGGCUGCUGGUAUUUUCCUAUAUGGCCUCUCAUCACGGGGGAUCACUCUGCCACCCCAGGAUGUGGGUCCUGCUGUGUCUUCCCUUGGGUCCUGGCUGGAGACACUGAAUGUUGCUGGCAUCCUGCAGGGGAGCUCUGAUGCUAUUGCUGAGGCUGCUUCCUCAGUUAAAGGGUACACUCUGGUGUCCAAGGAUGCCCUGGACUCUGCAGCAUCCUCCCUUGGGCCCUGGCUGGAGACUCUGAAGAUUGGUGACAUCCUUCAGGGAUCCUCUGCUGCUAUUGCUGAGGCUGCUUCCUCAGUUAAAGGAUUCGUUCUGGUGUCCAAGGCUUCCCUGGACACUGCAGCAUCUUCCCUUGGGCCCUGGCUGGAGAUGCUGAAUGUUGGUGACAUCGUGCAGGGGUCCUUUGACGGCAUUGCUUGGCCUGCUUCCUCAGUUAAAACCCAGGCUGCCAUCGGGGUAGUUGGAGGAGGACUGGCCGUGGCAGCUGUGCCCAUGGUGCUGGGUGCUUUGGGCUUCACCACAACAGGAAUCACCGGCUCAUCCCUGGCGGCCAAGAUGAUGUCUAUCACUGCCAUCGCCAAUGGCGGCGGGGUGCCUGCAGGCAGCCUGGUGUCCACUCUGCAGUCCGUGGGGGCAGCCGGACUGUCCACGUCCUCUAAUGUCAUCCUGGGCUCUGUUGGCUCUGUCACUUCUUUUCUCACAGCUCGUGCAUCGGGCUUCUAACAGAUCCCUGUUCCCUGCAAAGAACAGGACCAAGGGCUUAGAGCUGGUACCACCUUGGGACUAGACCUGGGGUGCAACCAGUCCUGAGGUGACAAGGUCCCAAGUGCUGAGCCCUUCAGGGAAAUUAGGAAUAAAAAGGAGUUACUGAAA